AUGAGAGGAGCCGAUGGUGAUUCGGAUCACUAUCUGGUUAAAGGAAAAAUGAAAGUCAAAAUAAAAAAGGUAACUCGGAAUAAAGGAAUAGUGGUAGACAAAUAUGACACAGCUAAACUAAACAAUAUGAAUACGUGUGAAAGAUUCAAGUAUCAGAUGUAUGAAAAAAUCAGAAGGAUAGAAGAUACAGAUAUAAAUGACUCAAUUGAUGCAAAAUGGAAGAAAAUUAAAGAUAUUAUAAAGGUAGUAGCAGAGUCAGAAAUCGGGAAAGUAAAAUCUGUAAGAAAACCGUGGUUCAACGAUGUGUGUGAAGAUGCUCUAAAUCGGAGAAAAGAAGCUAGAAAUCAGUGGCUUAAUGACCAACAUAAUAGAGAAAAAGAAAUUGUGUAUAAAGAAUGCCAGAAAAGUGCAAGUAGAGUAUUCAGAAAUGAAAAACGAAAAUAUACUCAGAAUUUAUUGGAAGAAGCAUAA